GUAACUCUUGUUUGCAGUUUGCUCUCCCGCCUCAACCCGAGAACUCCAACAAAUACGAUGUCGUCUCUUUGUCGCCUUCUUCAGCGCAACUUCUCUUCCUCCGCCGGCGCCGCCCCCAGCAUCCGGUCGUUAGUGAAGAAGCUCUACAAGGAAAGGGACUAUAACCUCCUCGUCCAGAAGUUCAAGGAUGCCUCCGAAGUCGACCGUUUCCGAACCAAAGAUGGCAUUUACGAACUCACGGUUCGUCGCCUUGCCUCCGCCAAGCAAUUCAAUUUGGUCGAAGAGAUCCUAGAAGACCAAAAGAGGUACAAAGACAUUUCCAGAGAAGGCUUCUCGGCUCGGCUGAUCAGGCUCUAUGGCCUAUCGGGCAUGUUUGAAAAUGCGCACAAGCUGUUCGAUGGAUUGCCGGAGAGAAAUUGCACCCGGACGGUGCUAUCUUUUAACGCCCUCUUGUCUGCUUAUUUACAUUCUAAGAAAUUUGACAUGGUAGAUCGCCUUUUCAAGGAGCUGCCCGCGAAGCUGUCCGUUGAACCAAAUUUGGUGUCUUAUAAUACUGUUAUCAAGGCAUUUUGUGAAAUGGAUUCUUUUGAUUCCGCCAUUGCCAUGCUUGAUGAGAUGGAGAAGAAGGGUGUUAUCCCGGAUUUGAUAACAUUCAAUACGCUGCUGCAUGGGUUAUAUGUGAAUGGUCGUUUUUCAGAUGGCGACAAGAUUUGGAGCCUAAUGGGGAGGAAGGAUGUUAUUCCUGAUAUUAGGAGUUACAAUGCUAAGUUAGAAGGAUUGGUUGGGCAGAAGAACAUGAAAGAAGCUGUUGAAUUGAUUGAGAAGAUGAGAGAUGACGGUGUGAAGCCUGAUAUUUAUAGCAUAAAUGCUUUGAUUAAGGGUUUUGUCAACGAGAAAAAUUUGGAUGAAGUUAAGAAGUGGUACCGUGAAAUAGCAAACUCCGAUUACAACCCGAAUAACACAACAUUUAAACUGCUUAUUCCAUUUCUGUGCGAGAAUGGUGAUCUGUAUUCUGCAUAUAAGGUAAGCAAGGAUAUUUUCGAGUGUCGGAACUAUGUUGAAGCAUCAAUUCCGCAGCUUGUGGUGGAUAAACUGGCGGAAAAGAGAAGGAUUUUAGAGGUAAAGAAGAUGGUGAAACUUGGGAGUCGUUUUAAGCUAAGUUUGCCGCAAGAAAAGUAGGCUAGUGCAUGAUCUCUGAUGUUCGUUCUAUUAUUCUUGUUAUUCUAAUCCUUAAUUAUGUUGGCGCAUUCUAAGCGUGUAAUUCAAGGCUUGAAAACGGCAUAACCUGCUUCUUCCUUAUAUGAUAUUGUUUUCUCAUUACGUUUUA